AUUUCAACUUCCGACGUAUCACCCUCUUCACCCUCAUGUACUUCGAAGAUGUAUCGACGUCUCGUACUGCUGUUUCCCAAGGGCCGGCUAGGGUGUAACUUAUCCAAAUUUCUACAGGUUGCAUGGAACCUCGAAGCUCGGGACUUUUCUGACUCAUUCAAGCACUUAUACUACUAAAUACUAGAGGAGUUGCAUCGACUCGGCAAAGACAUUGACCAAUGGCCGGUAACAAUUCUGCCUUGCUUCCCAGCUUUACCUCUCUUGUGGCUCACCUCCAUACUCUCCUCAAUGAUAUUGAACGUGAAGUUGUUACAAACAUCGAUUCCAGAGAUCCCUCUCUCGUAUCUUCCAGCCAGGCUGCUCCGUCGUCUGGGUCGCUUCUUCGCGCAUACAGAAAAUUUGGACAACUGUGUGAUAAGCUAGCGUCAUAUGCAGCUGAUCCGUCUGAGCACAUCACUACCAUCGGAGGAGCCUUUCACGAGAGCAAUGCUCUCCAGGUCGUCUCAGAACUUGGAGUCGCGGAUGCUUUGGGGGCGCAGCAAGUAUCGUUAAGUGAACUCGCUCACAAAGUUGAUGCCGAUCCUACUCGCCUUCGCCAGUGUAUGCGGACUUUGGUAAACCGUGGUCUCUUUCGAGAGACUACGUUUGGAUCAGACAUGUUUGCGAAUAACCGAAUGUCUUCGAUUCUCUUGUCUGCCCACGAGAAGAACUUGCAUGGCUUUGUUGGUCAUUGGUGCGACGACGCAUAUCAUGCAGGUGUGCACAUCGUCCCGGCAGUAAAGACUGAGGGUGCUUCCAAGACACCAUUCGAGAUCCUGCGGGGUACAUCGAUCUGGGAAUAUUAUCAGACUCCGGAUGGAACUGCCGCCCGAGAGCGUCUCAAUAGAGCUAUGAUUGGUGCAGAACCUCUCCUCCAUGGGUCCCUCAUUUAUGGAUACGACUGGACUAAACAUGGCGAGGAGAUCACCAUAAUCGAUGUCGGAGGUGGGAUCGGAGGCGCCGGGAUCGAGUUUACGCGUCGAUUCCCUAAGAUUAAAGUGAUUAUUCAGGACAGAGCCUCCGUUCUUGAGGCUGCGCCCAAGUUCUGGGAUGAGCAUGCACCGGAAUGCAAGCCUCGGGUGACAUUUAUGCCGCACGAUUUUUUCACUCCGCAACCCGCAAUUGACUGUCAUGGGGGUCGUAUCUACUUUAUGCGAUUUAUCCUUCACGACUGGUCCGACGACGAUUGCGUCCGAAUCCUUCAAUUUAUCUGUUCAGCUAUGAAAGAAAUCUCUGACUCCCGACUUUACAUUGCUGAAGCUAUUUUAGAUGCUGAUAGUGACCGGUUCAAGUAUAUGGUAUCCAUGCAAAUGAUGACGUUGGUAGGAGCUAUGGAGAGGACGGAGAGCGAGUUCGAGGGCAUUUUGGGAAAAGCGGGUCUGAAAGUUGAAAAUAUUUGGAGAAAUCCUGGAUUUACUUCACUUAUUGAAUGUACUAUCGCUUGAAAUAGUAUGAUUUAUGCUGCAUACGCAUUACUGUAC